AUGGGCUUUCUAACCAAAACUCUGAGUAUUCAUACCACUGCAGCCACGUUCUUGGUCAUCAUUUUUAUUUGUGUCAUUUGUAUCAUCCUUUUGACAAUGGUUUUUCUACAAAAAUGUUUCCAAGGCAAUAAAGUAGAAGAGCAAGAAAUAGUUCAUCCUUGCAAUGAUAAAUCUUGUUUGGAUGAGAAGAAUGUUUCAAAAGAGCAAGAAAAGACCAGUAUUAUAAAUGUAAAACAAAUCAUGGACUUGAACAUACCCCCACGGCCUGGCAUUCUUGUCCAGAGACAGAAUAAAGAAGCAGUAUCCCCAGCCUCUGAGAACAAACAGAAUGUAGAGGAGAAGGAAGAGGAUGAUACAGGAGAGAAGAAAGGAGAUAGUACCAAAAAUACUGGAGAGGAUGGUGGUUCGCAAAGCACAAAUUUAGUUACUGACAAAAGGCCUUUGAAAGGAGUGACGUUUUCUAAGGAAGUAAUCGUUGUGGAUCUUGGGAAGAAAAAUCCUGUAUCUCGAACCUAUUCUCGAGAACACAAAGAGAGAAAAUGA